AUGAUAAUUGCAACGCUGAAGGACUGGUUUACGGCCAUCAAGGGCCGUCGGUAUGAUGCUGUCAAUCGGAGCAUACAGCAGUUUUCUGGUUCUCGUACACCUAGUGGGGAUACAGGCCUAAUCCUCUCUGUACACUACUGCGAUCCAAAUAUGGUCAAGAUCUUGGCACCCACAGAGGCGGGUUUAGUCAACAAUAACGGAGCGACUGCUCUCCUUGUUGCGGCUGAGCUAGGCUACCUGCUAUGCUGCCUUCCUCUUCUUCAAUACGAACGGUCCAUUGUCGAUUCGCACGGGUGUACCCCGCUUAUAUUGGCGGCCCGUGCAGGCAAUAUAGGUUGUAUUCCCUUCCUAAUUACCGAUUCACUCCUAGUCCGAGAUUGUGAGGGGCGGACUGCACUCGAUUGGGCGGUUGCUGCAGGACAAGUGGAUGCCGUUCGAGUGUUAUCUCAGCCAGAACUGUACCCGAUUGAUGACAUUCGCCGUGCUGUUGACCUAGCUGACUCCCUGGGACACCUAGCCAUAAGCAAGAUUCUCUGUAGGAGAAUUGCAGGGUGCCAAGGGACAGAUAGCAUUUCUCCUCCGGCGUCUAUUAUUAUAUCUACAACCCCUAGUCUAUCCAUGCCUCAGCUGAGUGCGCCAUAUGUUCCAGAGAAGCAUGUGGAGAUUACCAACUCAUUUGCCACAGAGAACGAUUCAAGCAUGUGUCUGGAUGACCUAUCAACCAGGAAGGAUGUUGUCUCCACUGUGCCACAUCUCUCAUCAGCACACUUUACUGAAGCUGGUAUAUCUGGAAUGGUUCAGCAGCUUGAGCACCUGACAAAGACCAACACAACGCUGCAGUCAAGCUAUCGGAGUAUGACUGCUUUAUGUGACGAGGCACGGCUCAAACUAACAAUGCAAAGGGAUAGCAUAGAAUCAUCUAUCGCUCUGCUGACAAAGUUAAAGGCUACACUAACAACUGAACCUGAAGUCGCGGAAAAAGAUGCCAUGUACCGCGUCUUUCAACAAAAAAUGAUGGAGAUACAAGCUCUCCAGCGCGAAAUUAUCAAGGCUACCUCGGAACUUCACAGCCUUACGACUAUAUCAAGUAACUCCAUUCUAGAGGAUUGA